UGCAAGCAAUGUCGUUGUUAUUUGUUUGGUUUUUAUUUUGCGAAUAAAACAAAUUAUUAAGUUAUUUUAAAAAGAACAACAAUUUGUAUUAAAAACACAUAACAUCAACAAAUUAAAAAUAUCAAAAUGGAAGUUGAUGAGGUCGAUGAUGGCUCUAUAAAUUUAGCUGGAAAAAUUAAGUCCAUUUAUGUUAAGAACUUUGUGACUUAUGAUGAGUGUGUUAUGCAUCCCACGGAGUAUCUUAACAUAAUAAUUGGUCCAAAUGGCACUGGAAAGUCAACACUUGUUGCUGCCAUCGUUCUCGGGAUGGGUGGAAGUGCGAAGCUUUUGGCUCGUUCUUCGGCAAUCCAGGAAUACAUCAAGAAUGGCAAAUCGGAAGCUGCUAUUAGCAUUAAGAUCUACAUAAAUAACCAACGAGAAACUAAAGAAUUCGUGAGGGAAUUCGAUUCGGAUGGCAAAUCACAAUUUAAGAUAAACGAUGUUACCGUCAACCACAAAGGCUAUAUGCGAAGCAUUGCAGAAUUUAAUAUUCAAGUCGAUAAUUUGUGCCAGUUCCUGCCACAGGAUCGUGUUCAGGAUUUUGCUAAGAUGAAUGCCAAAGAGCUCUUAAAUAACACAAUAGCCUCCGUUUGUGAACAAAGUGUUAUUGACCAAUUCGAUGAACUCAAAGAUUUACAAAAAAAGAAACAAAAUACCAAAAGUAUUUUAAUUGAUGAUGUUAAUCGAUUGAAUGAUUUAAAACAUCGUAAUGAAGGUUUAAAACAAAUUAUUGAAAGAAUGGCAACAAGAAAGAAAUUCGGAGAAACCAUUAAAAUUUGUAAUGCAAAGAAAUUAUGGAUCGAAGCCAAAGAACUGAAAGAGAAAGCUUCUGAAAUUCGUACACAUUUAGAAGAUGCUGACAAAGUUGUCAGCGAAAAACAAGCAGCUUAUGAUAAACUUAUGGAGGAACAAAAUAAAAUAGUUAAGAAAACAGCUGAUCUUGCAAAUGAACAACAAAAAUGUGGUGCCAAAUGUGCGGAAGUUCUUGCAAAAAUUGAUAUUACCAUCACAAACAUUGAUGAUCUGUCAUCUAAAAUAAGAACAGCACAGCAUGAAAUUGAGAUCAAAAAAAAAGAAAAAAUUGAACGUGAUAAAGAAAUCGAUGUGGAGUCGGAAAAUGUGAAAAAGAAUAAAGAAGAAUUAGUGCAAGCAGCAUCAGUCAGUGGAACUAAUCAGGAACGUGCUGCUAAACAAGAAGCAAUAACGGAGUCUUUGAGUAGUCUAAAAGUCCAAAUACAAGCUCAAAUGGCAAAACGUUCUGAAAUUAAUAAAGUUAUUGAUGAAGAAUAUGUUGCUGAAGUGCACAUGUUAAAACAACGUAUUCAAUCAAUGGAGAGCUUUAAGGAACAACGUUUAAAGCUGUUAGAGACAAGAUUUAAAGAUCAAUACAAAGCCGUCAUGUGGCUUAGAGCGAAUCUAGACAAGUUUGAAGGUCGCGUAUAUGAACCAAUGAUAUUAGAAUUAAACGUCCAAGAUCCAAAUAACGCGAAAUAUUUUGAAAAUACAAUUGCCUUAAGAGAUCUUCUGGCUUUUACUUGCGAGAGCAAAACUGACAUGUCCAAAUUAGUUGAUAUUCUAACAAUUCAACAAAGUUUACCUAUAAGUAUUUUAUAUUCUCCGCCAGCCGCACAAUGUGAAUAUCGUCCAAGUCAACCCAUAAGUGCUUAUAGCGGUUAUGGAUUUUAUGCAUAUCUAAUUGAUCUGCUCGAAGGUCCGCCGUCAAUUUUGAAUUACCUCUGUAAGAAUUAUAAUAUCGAAAAGAUUCUUGUUGGUACGGAAAACGUUAAUGAUUCCGUUGAAUCAUUACCCACAAGCCUUCGACAUUUCUAUGGAGGAAACGUACAAUAUCAUGUUUCAAUAUCAAAGUAUUCAGGCAACUCAUUAAGAUCACAAACUAGAAUUCAGAGCCGUAACUUGUUAUCUAGUGUUAAUAAGACUGAAUUAAGUGCCUUAAAAAAGAGAUAUCAGGAAAGAGUUCGAGCAACAGACGCUUUACGCAACGAACGUUCUCAAAUCGAAGCCAAAACCGACGAAUUGGAACAUCGACGAAUGGAAGUUAUGAAAGAACAGCGACAACUCGAAAUGGUCAAUAGCAGACUGAGAGACUUAAAAGAAAGACUCUCAAGAAAUAUAAGAAAGCUAAAAGCUCUCACAGACGCUGGUUUCGACCUUCCUCGUUUUCUAGAAUUUCAAAAAGAGAAAACAAAAUUGUACGUUAAGGAAAUCAUUGAGUAUCAGGAAAAGAAAGUAAAAUGCUUGAUGGAAUAUCAAAAAGCCUUACAAGAAAAAGAAUUUGCUGCAGCUCGUUCGAAUAUUUUUCGACUUGAAAAUGAACAGCUUAAUCGAUCAAUAACUGAUUCUACAGAGCAAUUAGUUAAAGCAAAGAAACUUGUUGAAAAUAUUAAAGCGUCAAUGGAAACAGCUGGUAAAAAGUAUCGUUUAAGAUUAGUCGAAGCUAAGAACCUAACGAACGGUCUAAAGCCUACAGAUCCAAAUUUCCCAUACACAAUGCAAUUUUCAGAGCUUCCUGACGAUUUGGAAAGUCUGAAAGACGUCAUAAAUGAUACAUCAGCACGUUUAGAAUGUUUGGGGGAAAAUGAUAAAAAUGUAACUGAAGAAUAUGAACGUCGAAUUGAACAAAUCGAGGCUCUAUCACUUGCCAUUGAAGAGGCCAAAAGUGGUGAUGCGAAUCUUCAGGAACAAAUGGAAGCAAUUUAUAGUGAAUGGAUAACAGAAAUCAAUCGAAUUGUUGAGGUUUUAAAUAAGAACUUCAGCAAUUUCAUGAAAAAUAUGGAUUAUGUUGGGGAGGUGCUGUUAGCAAUGAAAGAUCAGUGGGAUUUCGAAUCGUAUGGUAUUCAGAUAUUAGUACAAUAUCGUAGUGGUGUUAAAUUGCAGGUACUUGAUAGAUACGUUCAAUCGGGUGGAGAGAGAGCUGUGGCUAUUGCUAAUUAUACUUUGUCACUUCAACAAUUAACUCAUGUUCCUUUUCGAUGCGUUGAUGAAAUCAAUCAAGGAAUGGAUCCUAGAAAUGAGAGGAGGAUAUUUGAUAUGUUGGUAGAUGAGACAACCAAAGCAGGAAGUUCGCAAUAUUUCUUUGUCACACCAAAGCUCCUUCCAAAUUUAAGCUGCAACGAACGAAUGACUGUACACGUAGUAUUCAAUGGAAAAUUUGUAAAACCAAAAAAUGCAUUUGAUUUUAAUUGAUCUUAGGUAUUUUCAUAUGUACGUACAUACAAAUUUUACUUAAGACUAAGAGAUUAUUUAAAUGUUAUUUAUUAAUUUAUAAAAGUACCUACAUACAUAUUAAAAAUAUAAAUAAAAGUUUAUGUUAUCAUAAUAAUUUUUGAAAAACUCAAACAUUAUUGUUACGUUUCUUUUUUUAAAAGUAUUCCAUAUUAAUUUACUUGCUGUUUGAAGUUAAAUUCAAUUUAUUAUUCAUUUUUAUUUACCAACAAAUAUUUAAUUAAGUAAAUAACAAUAGUUUAUUCCUUUUUUUUGUUGAAGUACUCGUAAUAAUCUUAAGUAAUGUGGUGGAAAUAUAAGUUAACUAAAAACA